AAGAAAUAAAUGAACAAAAAGAAAGAGAAAAAUAUAAAAGGAAAAAACGAGGAAAGGAAGCGAAAUGCCGACGGAAAUAUAGCAGAGUCCAUUUCCCGAUCUGCACUUCUCUUCUGCACUUCCUGAAUCGCCAGUUCGUGCUCCUCCAUCUACUUAGUUCCGAAAUUCAUAUUUUGACGGCUUUCCUCGUUUUCCCUUCAAAUUUUACUUCCUUCCCCUGUCUCCUCGUUAAUGGCGGACGGUUACUGGCGGUACGGCGAAUCUCGGCAGCCGCCACCCUCAUCGAUGCCUUCCAUCGUUGGAAAACGCCCUCGCACUGAGUAUGAUCUCCCUGGUGGCCCUGAUCUCCCUGGGUACUAUUCCCGUGAUGAUGAUAGAGGAGGUCUACGUGCAAUUAGAGAUACUGACUCCAUUGGAGCAUCUUAUGAUCGUUAUCUACGCAGCACGCAAUUGUCUUCAUAUGGUGGGGGACAAUCAACUCGACCAAUUAGCGGUGGAAUUUCUAGUCGUUCAGUUGAUGAUCCACGUAUCAUGAGUGUUGGAGGUGUUGAUCCACGGCCAAUCGUAAAAGAUAGGACCUUGGGUUUUGCGGGUGGAAGACCAGAGACUGCCCUUCCUCCAGAUGCUAGUAGCACACUGUUUGUGGAGGGUUUGCCUUCUGAUUGUUCACGUCGUGAAGUAUCUCAUAUAUUUCGUCCUUUUGUUGGCUACAAGGAAGUGAGACUUGUGAGUAAGGAAUCAAGACAUCCUGGGGGAGAUCCAUUGAUACUUUGUUUUGUUGAUUUUGCAACUCCUGCCCAUGCAGCCACUGCUAUGGAUGCUUUACAAGGUUAUAGCUUUGAUGAGCAUGACCGUGAUUCAGUUAAAUUAAGGUUGCAAUUUGCUCGCUACCCUGGUGCAAGAGGUGGCGGGCCUCGUGGCAAGCGUUAAAUUAUGCCGUUAGCAGGUGAUUGAUGCUUACUUUAUUCCACUCGACGUUGUUUAUUCAUCCGCGUUAGGUGUUCUAAGAAAAUUGUAAGACGAUUCAUGACGCUAAAUCACGCAACGACACUUCUCUGUAGGAUUUGCGCAAAUUUGGGAGGUUAUAUGAUAAUGAGGGGCGAUACAACAACAUCGUCGUUGCGAGAUGCUUUCAUUUGAGUGAACCUUGAAUUGUGUUUUCCAAUUAAUUAUGACAGUUGCUUGAUAUUUCGAGAGUGUCACUUUUACGCUGGGAGUGUUGUGAACUGUAUUUGCUUUAAAUUAAACACUUUCUAUAUAUGCAUUGCACUUAAUUAUGCUAAACUCGUCUGUCAAUUAAUUAUGAGUCAUUAUGUUGAAAUACAUGUUAGACAAUGGAUACUUAAUUGAAGUGCAUAUCAUUGAAAGAGACACAAUUAUCAUCUCUGUGCCCAUCUUGCCCACAAUUUCUAUUUUUCACGCCUAUGAUAGACAUGUCCUUGAUUCCUGAAAGUAUAAAAAUUAGAAGGGUAUCUCUUAUGUGUAAUUGUUUUGACAAUUUCUUGAAAUUGCAGUGCAGUUGUGCACUUAGUAGCUCAGGACAGGUAUUUGGGAGAUGCAAUUAUGAAACUAGUGUCUAUGAGCCUGGAGUUUUGAGUUAUACGUAUUGCCAGACUUUAUUAACAACAGAUAUAGGUGAAAAGCCUUGAACUAUUAUUGUCUAGAUUUUCAUUUUCAUUUUGUCUGUUGCAGCCUGGAGCAAAUGUUCUUCACCUGUGUAGACAGAUAAUUUUCUAAAGCAUAUGGUAAACAAUGAGGCUGUACAUAUAGGUUUUUAUCUUUUGAGCAUGAUGCUGAUCUUUUUUCUAUAAUGCAUAAGAUUUGUAUGUGGGAAGGGUUUUGCCAGGUACCCUGUUAGGAAGGAAACACCACUCAUCAUAUGAAGGCUGCUUCUCUCAAUAAGGGGUACAAUACAAU